UACUCGAAGCCAUUACUAAAUUUAAGGUCAGAGAACAAAGAAAGAGAAAGAAAAAGAGAUAGAAAGUGAGUGAAAGUUAUCAAAGGAUGAAAACCAGAGUGAUUGAGCCUGAAGAUCAAAUGGCUCUUAUCCCCCAAAUGUAUCCUGGUUUAUACACUCCAAUUGCACCACAGCAAGCAGGGGAAUCAAAGCGUCGACGGCGGCGGAAGAAGAACAAGGGAGGGGAAAGCAGCCUGUCAGGGGCUAAAAAAAGGAAGCUCAGCCAGGAACAAGUUAAUCUUCUUGAACUUAAUUUUGGUAAUGAACAUAAACUUGAGUCUGAAAGGAAAGACCGCCUUGCUUCCGAGCUGGGUCUUGAUCCUCGUCAGGUAGCUGUUUGGUUCCAAAACCGAAGAGCUCGUUGGAAGAACAAGAAGCUGGAGGAAGAGUAUAGCAAGUUGAAGUCGGUCCAUGAAGGUGUUGUUCUUGAGAAAUGCCGCCUUGAAUCCGAGGUUCUAAAGCUUAAAGAGCAACUUUGUGAGGCAGAGAAGGAAACCCAACGGCAGGCAGAACGAGGGGAUGGGGUUUCGAGUAAUAGUCCAAGCUCAUCUCUGUCAAUGGAAGCCAUUGAUCCACCUUUCCUGGGGGAACUUGGAGCAGAUCAAGGAUAUGAAGAUGUUUUCUACAUAUCAGAAAACAGUUACAUUCUUGGCCUGGAGUGGAUGAAUCUGUAUAUGUAAAUUAAGUAGGGAGUGCAUUUUUAGUGUGUGUAGAUAAUUAUGCCAUCCAAUGUAAAUUAAUCCUUAAUUUUCUUUCUUAAGUAGUGUUUUAAUUUUCAUCCGAAUAUAAUUUAAAAAUGUAUUAUUAACCGUCCAUUUGAAUGGAAUGUAAAAUUAGUUUUAGAAGAGACAUUCAUUCAUCUCAUCCAUGAAAUUCAGAACAACAAUUUUUCCUUCCAAAAAUACCAGCCAAUUUCCCGAUCGACUCAAAAUUUUAACACCAAAAUGAAGAGCAGAUAAAAUGUAACUUUUAUAGCAAGAUUAUGACAAUGACAAGGAUUAUGAUAAUGGUU